CUGUAUCAUGUGCUACAGCUCACGGUCUAGCUCACCUCUGUAGGUUUCAGUAAAUUACCUGCCCAGUGACUGACGUUACUUUUCUGGUUCACCUGCAAAGGACAGACUGAGUUCUCUCCUUAAAAGCGGGCGACUUUUCAUGGGAAACAUAUUUUCUGAAGCGCAGAGCCAGUUCAGGAUGAAAAAAAUAGCUUUUUUCUCUUUUGCACUGGUGAUGGGAGUGAGCAUUUUUCUUUUUAUUCUUUCUUGGGAAAAUUAUGAAGGAGAAUCAAGUUGGAAAGUCUUCUCAAGAAAUAAACUUCCUACAGGUGAAGAUACAUGGAUUAAUGUUGUGCAAAGGAUAAGAAACCUGAGUCGAUUAUCUGGAAGGAAAAUGAAUAACACCAACAUUUGCUCCCUGGGAAACGUUAAAACUCAAAGCAGAACCCCUGAGACUCCUGGGCCCAUCAUAAAUUUAAACUCCUUCAAAAAACUUCCUCAGUGGAGUUUUGAGGAUGUAUACAAUCUGGAUGCUCCACCGAGACCGACAACUUGUCCGCAGUCUCUGCGUUACUCCAAGGACGAGGACUUCCAGAAAGCUUUCCUUCCCAACAUUCGAAGGUUUCUGCACAAAGACAACUUCAGCAUCAGAGAGUGGAACCGGCUCUCGCACUUCAACAAUCCUUUUGGUUUUAUGGGAAUGAAAUACGGUGAUGUAAUGCCUGUCAUGAAGCUGAUCCCAAAGCCCAAAGAGCCGCUGCUCCUCCCUAAACCAGGCGGGGACGGCUGCGUCCGCUGCGCCGUGGUGGGAACGGCCGGCAUCCUGAACGGCUCAAAGAUGGGCGCCGAGAUUGAUGCUCACGACUACGUGUUUCGGAUGAAUGGUGCAGUGAUCAACGGCUACGAGGAAGACGUUGGGAAAAAAACGUCGGUUUAUGUUCACACCGCUCAUUCAAUCACAACAUCCCGAAAAAUAUUCCAGGAGUACGGAUACAAAUCUGCCCCGCAUGACCAAGGAAUAAAGUAUGUCUUGAUUCCUGAGGGUUUGAGGGAUUUCCAGUGGCUCCAGAGUCUUCUCAAAGGAGAAAAGGUUCCCUCUGGUGAAUACACAGGUGAAGAUCCCAGAUCUUAUUACUCAGGACAGUUCAGUGAGGAUCGGUUCUACGUUCUGCACCAGGAUUUCCUGAGAUACGUUCGAAACAGGUUUUUGAGUUCAAGUGACCUCAGUGGAGAGUACUGGGCGGUUGUCCGACCAACCAACGGGGCGUUUACUCUCUUUAUGGCUCUGCACACGUGCGACAUGGUGAGUGCAUAUGGAUUCAUGACAGAAGACUACAGUAAAUACCCAAACUAUUAUGUGGACAAGCAUUUGACCGAAAUAGUUUUCUACAUCAACCAUGAUCUCAUUCUGGAGAAAAAUCUGUGGAAAAGCCUUCACGACAAAAAAAUACUGAAGCUGUAUCAAAGAACUGGGUCAGAAAAGCAAACCGGUCCCUGAUUCAGCGUCAGGAGUCAAGAAGACCUGAAAAAAUAUGGUGGUGUUUAUUAUUUUUAUGACUGUACUUUAACCUUAAGCUUAUUUAAAUUAGUUUUAUGUACACAGAAAGAAUUGUACAAAUAUUUAUUGUAAGAUAAUAAUAAAAUAAUGUCCUACAAAUGGACUGUAUUAAGGCCUCUGAGGUGUUAAAAUGAAGAAUAUUUUUACAUUUAUUUAUAGACACAUUAUUAUGAGCAGAUUUCUGCUCAUAAUAAUGUGUUUAUUUAUGAUUAGUAUUUUAAAUGAGUUUUAUUUUUAUCUUAUUACACUGUGACGUUUGCAUGUAAAGUGCAAUAUAAAUAAAAUGGUAUUAUUA